ACAAGUUUGCACUAAAUUAGGAGAAUUGGCUAAAUCGGGGAGCUCUCCGCUUUCGCGGACUGCUUUCUGGGCUUCCCAAAUUAGGAAAGUUCUGAAGUCCCAGAGGAAACUGAGCAGAAAGCCGUCUGACGUGCGUUUUGUUCCCAGCUCACCUUGUUCCCUCUGUUCUGUUCCUUCCCCCGCUGCCCCCGAGCGCGGAAACCUGAAAGCGGCAGCCUACGAUGGCACCGCACAGAAACAAAGUCACUGCUCCGACCCCUUUCGGAAUUCUCCCCGUCCUCAUUCUGACUCAGUUAAGAACACUCGCAGCUGCGAAAGUCCAGUUCGUUUUAAUAUUCCCCCCCCCCUCCUCCUCCUUCCCCGCCAUCUGCCCCACUUUUACAGGAUAGCUCACAGGGAGCCCGAAAUGGCGGACACCGCGUGGCGCCUCCCGCCGGCAUUCCUUCUUCUUCCCAAAAAACACUUCUUUCUCGUUACGACUCUUUCCCUUCUCCGGUUUCCCCUCCCGCUCCACCUCCCUCCGCCCCUCCCCUCCCUCCUCCCGAUUCCACGCCCCGCGGCACUUCCACUCCGGCGUCGGCUCCUCCCCCAUACCACGUCUCCCAGGCGGGGACAAAGUCGUCAGCCGUCUCCGCCCCCAUUCUUAUCUCUCCCCCUCCUUCUUCCCCUCUCAGCUCCGGUUCCCACGCUCCGUCCGGAGCCGCGGCGGGGGGGGCUGAAGGCCAUAUUCCAGAGCCGCCAGUCCUCUCGGCGGCACCGGUCACUUACCAGCCCGGGAUGGGGGGGGGAAACCAGCCCCAGUGGAGCCCGUUCCCACAUCACUCGAUAAAGGAGCUGUGCAAAGCCCAAAAAGACUUCUCCCGGGAGAGUGAAUACUUCCGGGGAAUUCUGAGAGCCACACUCUCUGACACCGUGGUCACCCCCGCAGAUUUAAGGCGGCUGUUCUCCUGCCUUUUAAACCCCACAGAAUUCCUGGUUUGGGAAAAACAUUGGCAGAGAGAAAUUGGUAAAAUCUUGCCCUCGCUGCGGGAGAACCAAGUGACAGCCACAGAUCUGCAGGGGGGUGUGUUAACAACCGACCACUUGUGUGGGACAGGGGCAUGGCAGGAUGGGCAGGCUCAAGCGUGGUAUGUUCCAGUGGAGGCUUUAAAGGAGGGAGCCAAAGCAGCCGAGCGGGCUUUCUUCACCUUACGAUCUCUUGUUGCCCCCUUAACAUCAUAUAUGAAAAUCAUUCAAGAAUCUAACGAGCCCUUUUUAAGCUUUGUUGAGCGCCUCCGCAGGGCGGUCGAGACGCAGGUCCAUGAUGAGUCGAUUAAGAGGGGAAUCCUCACUGAGGUGGCAGCGACGAAUGCAAAUCCAGCUUGCAAGGCCGCUAUCCUCAGCUUGCCACUAGAUCCUCCCCCCACGCUGGAUCAGAUGCUAGACGUCUGUGACCGCAAACUCGCUAUCAUCGCGGGGGAACCCGACCUGCAACCCAGGGCUCCGGCUCGAAGGGUAGCUGCCACCGACCUGGAGGAAGUCACCACAGCUGCUGCUGCUGCCCCGUCCCGACAGCCCAACACACCAAAGCUGCAACCCCGGACGGAUGCACCGUGUCACCUGUGCAACCAAUCCGGGCAUUGGAUGCCGGACUGUCCCCUGAGAAAGCCCGAGAAUGUCCGUCCCCAUAACCCACAUCGAGCUGAUCAUUUUCUGGAACUUUUUUGCCAUCGCGAGCUCAUGGAUUGUCCCUCAACCCAAGCAAAACAUUUGGAAGAUGCUCGCUGGCGCCCUCGGCAGAGAUCAUUUGUGCCUCUCCGCCACCUCGGCAGCAGACCCCUUGUCGACCUGCCUUGUGGGGAUCCCGCUUCCUCCAAAAGAGUUUCCCGAGCCCCUUUACUCCUUCCUUGA